UUGGGGUUUGGGUUUUAACGAUGAGAUAGGAUAAUAGGGUAUAAGGCCCAAUGGGAAUUCAAAUAUGGUUUUGGAUAGGGAAAUGGAAAAUGGGAUUGAAACAAUGGAAAAGGAAAGCCCACUACUAACACAUGUCAAAUCACCUAAACGGUCACAUUGUCCCCCUCGGACCAAAGUCGGUGACAGAGAGAGGGUGUGGGACCCCACAUUCAAAAGAUUCAGUAUCCCAAUGUUUCAAUCCUACCGUUACAAAUCUUUCCCUUCCCUUCCCUUCCCUUCUUCUUCUAAACGCUCUUUUGUCUUCCUUAGUCACUAGCUCUUGUUCUUGUUCUUAUAGUCUCUCUUCUGAAACUGAUAGGGCAACUGGGCAAGGGCGAAGGUGAAGGUGAAGGUGCAAGCCAUGUCGGUGUCGACUGCCGCCACUGCCCAUUACAAGAAGCUCAUAAAGCUUACUCUCUCUCUCUUCCGCAACGGCUUCAACUCCUCUAAAUGCAAAACAGCGGCGAAGAUGGCUGUGGCAAGGAUUAAGCUAUUGAGAAACAAGAGACAGGUAGUGGUGAAGCAAAUGAGGCGUGACAUUGCCUUACUUCUUCAGUCUGGUCAAGAUGCCACAGCUCGUAUUCGGGUUGAACAUGUCAUAAGAGAACAGAAUGUUUUGGCUGCGAAUGAAUUCAUCGAGCUCUUCUGUGAGUUAGUUGUAGGCAGGCUUUCUAUCAUUGCUAAGCGAAGGGAAUGCCCUGCUGAUCUUAAAGAAGGAAUUGCUAGUUUGAUUUUUGCUGCCCCAAGGUGUGCAGAAAUUCCAGAACUAGUAGCAAUUAGAAAUAUUUUUGAGAAGAAAUAUGGAAAAGAUUUUGUUUCAGCAGCCACUGAUCUGCGGCCCAACUCUGGCGUUAAUCGCCUGCUGAUUGAGAAGCUCUCAGUAAAAACUCCUAGUGUUGAAGUAAAGUUGAAAGUCAUGAAGGAAAUAGCCAAGGAACACAACAUAGAAUGGGAUACAACUGAAUCUGAAAAGGAGCUGCUCAAGCCUCCUGAAGAGCUUAUAGAGGGACCGCCUACUUUUGCUAGUGCCAGCAGCUUACCUGUGAAACCUGCAACAAGUCAUUAUCUUGAGCCAAAAGAACCAUUGACCAGAGGAGAGGGCCCUAUGCAUUUUAAAGACACGGUCUCAGCUGCUUCAGCAGCUGAAGAAUCUGCAAAAAGAGCAAUUGCUGCUGCACAAGCUGCUGCAUAUUUGGCCAACCGUGAUGGUAAUCGAUUUAAUGAAGCUUAUGGUUGUGUUAAAAUUUUAAAUGAUUCAAGCAUCAUUACUGGAUUUGGAUACCUUUCUGGCAAUUCUGCUGGUGGAUUUGUUGUUCCAACUUAUCCUUCAGUCAAUUCUCAGCACAUGGAUCAUCAAUAUAAAGUCCCUGAGAGAAUAUAUGAAUCUAGGAGUUUUGAGAGGUCCUACUAUCCUAGUAGUGAGGAAGCAAGACCUAACAAUGUUGAAGGUGGAAACACCUGUAGGAGACACAGCUACAAUGCCCCUAUUACUUAUUCAGAUAUAAAGUUUGAUGAAUCAGAUUGUGAUGAAGAAAUAGAAACUAAAGAUGCUUCUGGCAGCAGUAAUCUUCCACCUGAUCGAUCUCCACCAUCAGUACGUCCAUGUCAUGAUAAACAGGAUUCCAUCCAUCGUGUUCACCCCAAACUGCCAGAUUAUGAUGAUCUUGCAGCUCGGUUUGAAGCUCUGAAGUAUCGCAAGUCACUGCCUUGAAAUCAGAUGCUUGUAGCCAGUUUUGUUGGGAUUCAGAUUUUAUGUUUACAUGAUAUCAUAUAUGAUAAUAAUGCGUUUAUCCUGUAUGUACUUUCCUUGAGAAAGCAACAUAGAAACAGAGGAUACAAUCGUGAAGAGCUUUAAUAUAUGACUAGUAUUAUUUUGUGUGUACUCUCUCAACAUUUUCUUUUCAUUUUCAUUUAUUUUUUUGUACUACAUAUGAAAAAAAAAAUUGGAAUACUAUAAUUUCAGCAUAAACUCUCUUUCUCUGUUUCUUCUUUUGAGUCUAAUGUUUUUCCUGAUUGAUGCAGGCUGCUGACUUGAUAUGAUACCUUGCAGGAGCUGUGCUUCCUUCAAGUUCAAGAGAGGAGCUGUAGUAUCAUUAACACCGAGUGUAUUCAUGUCUCUUAAAUGAAAAGUACUCCUUUUAGUUUCAAAAGAAAAAAGAGAGGAGCUGGUCGUCAUGAUUUAAAGUUUAAUUUAAACAUCCUGGAUUUAAUUUGUGAUUUA